UGCCCAUCCAAGGAGAUGGAGCUCUUCAUGAUGAUGCCCACAGACACGGAGACUACAGAUGUCAGUAAGGUGGCCCAUGAGGCCCCACAACCCACCCACAUCAAUGUGCACAUCUACCAGGAGUCUGCUCUGGCCAAACUCCUGCUGGCUGGAUGCUCAAUGUUACGCCUGCCAGACUCUGCCUCUGGUACCACCCGGCUGCUGGUGGCCUCCUGGUAGGUGGUGCAGAUCGUGCUGGGGGUCCUGAGCGGGGUCCUAGGUGGACUCCUCUACAUCUACCAGUUCUCCCACAUUCGCACAACGGGCGCCCCCAUCUGGACCGGGGUUGUGGCUGUGCUGGCUGGAGUUGCUGCCUUCCUUUAUGAGAAACGUGGAGGGAUCUGCUGGGCCUUGCUGAGGACCCUUCUUGCACUGGCAGCCUUCUGCACGUCUGUGGCCGCCAUUGUAAUUGGGGCUUGUUAUUUCGAUUAUUACAACUACUACUUUAGAGAUGACUCUUGCAAGAUCUCCUCAAGUUUUGAGCCCACCAAGCUCCCCACCACCCCAAGUCCUGAAGAAGUGGACAGGAUACACCUGUGUAUGUCAUACAUGAGCAUGUUAAAGGCCCUGCUAAUAAGCCUCCACACGAUGCUCUUGGGUAUGUGGGUCUUGCUGCUCCUGGCAUCUCUGGCCCCUGUUUGUGUGUACUUAUGGAAAACAUUCUUCACUAAAGAGAGAACAGCUGAGAAGAAGCUGUUGGAAGCAAGUGGGGUCUAGCCCCACCUCUCCUGAGCACCUGUGCUGGUGCCCCUAAUCUUCAGGGUGUCCCAUCAUUGGCUGCCUGGAAUAAAAGCCAGAAGACAAAAGAAACCCUUCCAGAGCCGGUUCCCACCUCCCACAGCCACACCCACUGCCCUGCUCCAACCAGGAUCACAACAGCACGUGCUUGUCUCUUGUUCGCCCCCACUAUCCUUUAUCCCUUCUCACACAGCGACUUGAAAAUAAAUUCUCAGGUUAUUGCUACCAGA